AUGCACCUUAAAUAUGAUGUUCAGUUUUGGGCCCCUUACUACAGGAAAGACGCUGAGGUGCUGGAAUAUGUCGAGAGGAGAGCAACAAAGCUGGAACACCUGAGAGCUUUUGACCAGGAAGUAAAUGCGUUUGUGGACUAUAUGUUUGGACCUCGAGAUACCAGGGUUAGAGGAUGGUUCCUUUUGGACUCGUACCUUCCCACAUUUUUCCUUACUGGAGCAUACCUACUCUGCAUAUGGCUGGGCAACAAGUUCAUGAAGGAGAGGCCUCCUUUCUCGCUCAGGGCUCACCUCAUUGUAUACAACCUUGGCAUCACACUGCUCUCCUUGUACAUGCUGAUAGAGCUCAUCCUUGCCACAUGGGAAGGAGGCUACAACUUGCAGUGCCAGAACCUCCACAGCGCAGGGGAGGCCGACAUCCGGAUAGCCAAGGUGCUGUGGUGGUAUUAUUUUUCCAAAGUAAUUGAAUUCAUGGACACUAUCUUCUUUGUACUGAGAAAGAAAAGCAGCCAGAUCACCUUCCUUCACGUGUAUCACCACGCCACUAUGUUUAACAUUUGGUGGUGCGUUCUGAACUGGAUACCUUGCGGGCAAAGUUUCUUUGGACCCACUUUGAACAGCUUUAUCCACGUGCUCAUGUAUUCGUAUUAUGGACUGUCAGUCAUCCCUUCUAUGCGCAAGUAUCUGUGGUGGAAGAAAUACCUCACUCAAGCACAACUGAUCCAGUUUCUGCUCACUAUUGUGCACACACUCAGCGCAGCCGUGAAGCCGUGUGGAUUCCCAUUUGGCUGCCUCAUGUUCCAGUCCUCCUACAUGGCCACACUGGUUGUUCUCUUCAUAAACUUCUACAUUAAGACAUACCGGAAAGCACCUUCAAGAACAGCUAUAAAGGAAACCCCCGUCGCAACGGAAGUCAAGAACGGUUUCCAUAAGGACUACUUUGCUGCUGCCAAUGGAUUCCUGAAUAAUAAGAAAGCACAAUAA